AUGUCAGUACGCACAUUAAAAGAGCUCAGCUUCCAGAGGAAGAAGAAGCGGGUCUGGCCCUACCGAAUCUUCCUGGACAUGGCAGGACUAAGACUGGUGAGAGUGAGCCUGAUGAAGCAUGAAAAGGACCGCAUCAUCCAAUCUGUGGCUUCGGAUGACGGAAGCACUCUGGGUGGACACACGCUGGGGCUGCAGCCCGGAACAUCUAAGGGCAUCACAGACCUGUUAUUGCUCAAUCUCGUGUGGCUGAACGCCACGUGUCCCUCUAAGAAGUUGGACGCCGACCGCACGGGGCCGCGUAUCGCCUGCAUCGCCCUCUCAUUUGUGGACGCCCAUGGUCAUACCCUUCAGGUCCCAGCUCAGGACUGUGCUGCACUGCAGAAACCAGAGAACUGCACCAUCCCCCUUCAUCCAGACCAUUUUGAUGAGCUGACCACUGUGGAGAAAUUGGACACCAUCAACAUCAGCUCAGAGCCACAGCUGUGUGUGCGCUUUGACAUCUGGGAACAAGGCAACAUCAGUCCCUUACAGCUGAGUGAUAAACUUCAGGGGGCGCUGCGCCACGCACUCUGUGAUGUUGUCAUGGAGCUGAGAGUCUUGCCAAAUCCUCUUUGUUUGGGGGUGUUCUGCCCAGCAACCAAAGCUCAGAGAGAAGAGGCUAAAGUCUUGUUGAUUCCUCUGCCUGAAGUGAGAGAAUCAAAGGACAGCCACAGGCAGCACAGUGGCUCACGUGUCUUUAAAACCAGCCCCUCCCCCAUCACCUUAACCCAAGCUGUUGGGAGCAUCCCCCUGACAGGGACCAGCACACCUGAGGCCACCACACCCACCAACAAGAGCACCCGCCGGAGCUUCUGGGACAUACUGAGUAAGCCUGAUUCAUCAGAGCUAGGGAGUCCAAAGACAACUGACGACAUAGUGCAAGAAAAAGGAGAGGAGGGCCGAGCAGCGCGGCGAAGACACAAGACAGAGAAUGUAAAGCAGCAGUGGAGCCAGGAGAAAGCUAUGGCUGUGGAGCUGGAGCAGGUCCAGAGGAAGCAGGUGUCUCAGUUGGAGGAGGGAGAAGCAGGCACUCUCCACCCCGUCUACCGGCUGACCUGCCAGCCAUGGAUCACUUUCAUGGCUAAACUUGGCUGCCCCUCUAUCCAGCAGUGCACGGUUGAAAUGGCUUCGCACUUCCUGCUGCCCUCCAUCCUGACAGAGAUUGUCAGUUUGGUCAGUUCUCUGGCCAGUGACACAGCAGUGAAGGCAUUCGAAAAGAUGAGCUGUCCACCAUCUGGAGACAUGUUUGUCCCAUUCCCCCUGGUCCAGAACCUCAGCCAGCGUCCAGACGCUACAAGGAGCUUCAUUCUCAUUGGACGCAACUUCCAUCAGUGGCAUUGUAGCACAGAGCAAGAAAACAGUUCAGAUGAGGAAAACACCCCAGUGCAAAAUAGGUUCACACCUCAUAAAGGCUUCCAGCGCUUCGAUGCUCUGGAGCACAGUGAUUGGUUGAGUUCUGGCCAGACCGGGGCAGGCCUGGCUCCCCGCCAGAGGUUUCUCUUCAUCAGCAUCCUGGACAAAAAGGUGACUCUGUACAGCUACAAUUGGUCUGUGGACCUGGGUGCCUCCCUGAACCGGGAGCUGGUCCGCCUGGUGAAGUGGCAGAAUGCAAGGGCUCAUGUAGUUCACUGUCUGCUCAACCAGAAGAUGGGCCUCUUCCAUCACUACUGCUUCUCUGAUGCCCCACUCCAUGAGAUGGACUCCAAGCAGGAUACAAACCCAUUCUUAAGCCCCUCCAUGGAGCCUGAUGCGCUUCUGCGUAGUGCAGUUCCUCCUUUGCCCAGUAAAGAGCAGGGCAGGCUGGGGGGCUCUGGACGGAGUCUUGCUCCGCUCCACUUCCCCUCUGAGUUGCUUCCUUUUGACGAGGCUCUGAGGGACGUGUGCACCAUCCGACCCUUGAUGGAGGGGGAUGUUGUGGCCCAACAUGGAGGCCAGCUCUUGGAGAUCAAAGCUGCUGAGCGAAGAGAACUGGAGAAACAGAUGAAGAUAGAGAACCUGUUUGUGACUUGGCAGCAAAGGUCAGCCCAGUCCAACAUGCCCAUUUCAGGGACAGAUUUGGAGACCCUGAAACAGUCGUCCAGGCUGGUCCACUACUGUGCCACCCCUCUCCUCUUCGACUCCAUCUUCCGCAAGCAGAUCCAAGAGGAGCAGAUCAUUCAACCUCCAGUGAAGAAACGCCAUCGCUCCAGCGACUCCACAGCGUCAGGUCGGGACCGAAGCUACAGCACUGACUCAGCUGAAAUGCUGCCCAGCCGGCUGAAGGAAGAACCCUGGCUGCUUGACAUUUCCAGCAACUUCCUCCAGCAGUAUGUCCAGUACCUGCAGAGCAUGGGCUUCAUUCUGGUUCAGGUCCGCCCACAGUCUCCAGCUCGCAGCAUCGCCCGAGCUCGUGCUGCCAUGCUGAGCUCCAUGUCAUCAGAAGGGAGGAUGUCUUUUUCUUAUGUAAAGCAAAAGAGCGAGGACAGCCCAAAGACGACAGCAUCUGGCACUACCGCAUAUCACCUCCAGAGGGCGCUGCCAGGUGGGAUUGUGCUCAUGGAACUGGCUUUCCAGGGUUGUUACUUCUGUGUGAAGCAGUAUGCACUGGAGUGUUCCCGCAUUCCCAUGGGCCAGACAGUCAACUCCCAGGGCAGCCUCCUCACCAAACCUCGUUGCAAGCCGUUUCCAGAUGCCACCCCAGUAUCUGACUGUGCGCUCUCCAUGCUCUUCACUGAGGAGUGUGACAAGGUGCGGGACCUGAUGCACGUUCACUCCUUCAGCUACGACUUUCAUCUGCGAGUGGUUCACCAGUACUUGGUUGGCUGUCACAUGACGCUACGCCAGGGAUACCAGCUCACAGACUUUCUGGAUGACUUCAUCUCCCAUCACCCAGACAUUCCCAAGUUUGGCCGCAACCACAUCUUCCAAGGGAGCUUCUCCAUCUCCACGGGGAUGAUAACAGCUCAUCAGCUCUACAAUUACAUCACUGACCACGCCAGUUCCUACGGCAUGAAGCCGCUCCGCAUGUCCAAGGCUGCAGUCACCACUGACAACAAGAAAGGAGCAUCUGACCUGCACGAGUAUGCACUAGUGGCUCUGUGGAACAGUUCGGGUUCUUACAAGGAUCUGGAGGGCCUACACCACCAUGAUGACUUUGACGUGUCCCUCGUGGUGUGCCAUAAUGCAGCCCCCUUUGAGGAACAGUCAGAUGGGGAAAGGCAUUUAUUGAGGUUGCGGUUCUAUGUGAUUAUGACCAGUCAGAGAGAGCUCUUCCCCCGCCUCACUGCUGACAUGCGCCGUUUCAAGAAGCUUCCUCAGAUCCACCGUGAGCCUGGUGAGCUCAGUGGCCGGCUCCCCCCAGAUCGGGCAGAGGCCUACAGUUCACGAGGUGCUGAGCAGGACCUCUGGGAGGAAACGCCGUCUGAAACUGUGGCUGCCUCAACUCCCAGCGACGGCAACGAAUUUUACCCUCUGGCUGGGGGUGGAGCAGAGGCUCAGGGGCUCCUCUACCCCUCCCCUCUGUUCCCUCUACUCAACAACGAGGUGAUGUCGGCCCGCAAACAGAUCCAGGUGAGUGUGGAGCAGGCCAUGGGUCACUGCCGCAGGGAUAAUCUGUGGAGGAGGCUGUUCCACGGAGAGCACUUGGCCCUGGACAAACUGAAGCUGACCAAGCUGUCGUUCAGCGAGCUGGAGGAGCUGCUGGAGGCCGUGCAGAGCCGUUCAGUGGGAGAGAUUGACCCACAGCUUGACUGCUUCCUGACCAUGAGUCCAACCUGGUACCAGAGUCUGAUCAAAGUCCUACUGAACCGUUUCCCUCAGAGCUGCAGACACUUCGAUGACAACGGCAUCCAGUAUCUGGCUGUUCUGAACCAGAAGUUCACUGACUGCUUUGUUUUGGUAUUUCUGGACGGCCAAGCUGGAAAAACAAGCCUAAAGGUUGUGUUUCGAGAGCCGCUGCCAUCGCAGCAGCAGGCCAGCAGUAGCCCUCCUCCACAGCUGGUGUCCAUGUAUCAUCACCUGGAGUCUGUCAUCAACACCGCCUGCUACAACCUCUGGACUGGACUGUUAUAGAGCUGAUCUGGGCUGCCCUCCAUUCACACAUGGAUACAGGAAGCAACAUUAGAAAAAUACAGAAGACAACAUUCAGAUGAAUUCAUUUGGGAAGCUGGGGCGAGCAAAUCCCACUAUCACCGUCAUAUCUUUGUCGUUUGAACUUUGACUGUAAAAUCCUUCAAUCUGAUUAAAAAACGCACAUUACAUGAUGCUUACUGAUGAUUUUUAUCUAGAUAUGCACGGUAUUUUUCCUUGCUUUUGAUCUCCAAACAGAUUAUGGCUCUGUCCAACAGCUGCAUCUCUGACACUGUUUGCUCCAAGAUAGCUUAUGUAACAUCAUGAUAGCCCAAACACAGCAGGAAAACAAACACACAAAGUUUGAUAAAAAACAGCAGUAAGCACUACAUAAUAAAGUAGGAUAAAAAGGAUUUUUCAAAGUAGAAACAAGAAAGAUAUGAUGGGUUAUAUUAUGAUUUGAUCACCCCCUUGACUUCAGUAUAAGUGACAUCAAAGUCUGGCUCGUUUAACGCUGUCACUGACUCAUGAUGACCUUUCCUUCUUUUAGACUUUCCAUGGAAGACCCCCAUCCUGAAACUGAACGUCAAAUAACAAGUAACAAGCAAAAAAGUUGGCCAAUUCUGAAAUUAGUCAUGGGUGACCAUUUGGGGUUAAUAUUGGGUUCAAUCUGCUCAGUGUCUGCCUGGCUUUAGACAAAAAAAGGCAACAGAAUAAUGAGUGAAGUUGUUUUAAGGGGAAAAUUAGUUUUAAAACAAUUUAAAAGUAGAGGAGACACAGCAUCACCCACCUUCACUAAUCAAUACCAGGGGAAAACCCUUCUUACUUUUACAGUAAUGAAAUUGAUUGACUGGCUAAAACCUCCUUCCCACUGCACAAAAAACCUGCUAACACCCACAAACAUUUGUCUAAUGAAAUGCAUACAGUCGGCAUUCACACCUGGGUCAAAAGGCUGCAGUAGACACAGGUUUUUAUUGUCUUCGGCUUCGAUCAGCAUUGAGCGUGGUCAAAUAUUAGAUGAAAUGACACGCUGACGCUAAUUACCCUCUCUCUUUCGUAGAAAUUAUCGACUGUCUUUUUCUAAGCAUUACUCCAAAUAAGUCUGCACACAGUUUGAAAGAGAGACUGAGUCAGCGAGAGGUGCACAAGGAGAAGUAAAUAGGGCAGGGUUACAGUUUUCACAGACCUCUGUCCAUGCUGCUUUCUGCUGUUUAUCUGACUCUGGUCCAUGUGUGACGUUACACAUUGCCACUGUGACAUUGUGAGCAGAUGAGAGUGCAGAAUAAAUGACAUUUGUCCAUCUUUCUAUUGUCUUAUCAUGAGCAGGUGGAUCUGGAUCAGGAUCUGGAAGGACUGUGCUCUGACACAUGAUAUGAUGGUGAAGGAGACAUUUCGUUUUUUUCAGUGAAGAAGACACUGCUAUUUUUCUCUCCCCCCAUCUUUGACUGAGAAACACCUGAACUGCUCUUUAGAUUCAACACAAGGCAGUCAUUUUCAACCAACAACAAGCCCUUCUGGCUGUGGAACUGCACACCUUUCGUGCUUCACAGCUUCACUCAUCGGUCUUUAGUAUGUUGGAUUGGGUGCCUUCUGAUAGCAUUUUGUGAGCUCUUUGGACCACAUCAGUGUUUCCUGUGAGUGAGACACAGCUGAGACGUCAGUGUGCAGUGAGACGGCUUUUCUGUUCAAUCUUCCAUAGUGUCAAACAUGUUACUUAAACACCACUGCCAUAUCUGCUGCCCUCAAGUGCCUUUCUGUUUUGUUUUGUUUUGUUUUUUUUAAUCCAAUGACCUAUCAGUGACACUGUUGUGGUUCCAUCAGCUCUGCACACAUGUUUGGAAACACACUCCUGAUGUCAUGCAGUGUGGGUGCCUGAAUCGGUUUGGAGAAAUUUAACAAAAAUUGCCUUUCAUAAUAAAGAGAAUGGGUCAUAUUAACUUUGAUGAUUUGCAUAAUAGCAUGCCACAUGUCAUCAGAUCCGAGUGUUUCCAAAGCAUGUUCAAAAUGACAAGUUUGACUUGUAUACCACUUGUAGACCCUCAGCAGCCUUAGAUCUUGACACACUUUACUGAAGGAAACCAAAUGUUUAAGCUUAUUUGUGGAUAUAAAAUGAAGAAAUGUGGAGCACCGUUGUCACUGCUCCGAGAGCUCAAUGUGAAUGUGGAACACUGGAUAAUAUUCAUCAUGCAAAAUGUGAACUGUGACAAGUUAGCCUUUAGCAUUCUGACUGUAAUAUAAACAUUGCACUGUCUCCAACUGUAUAAUGUAUAUUAUGUAUAUACACAACACUUAAUACAGUGUGUGAAAUGCUGGAUAAAGCAGUAGGAUAAACAAUGUUUCCAGUGGUUUUUCAUGAGCGUGAAGUAUGGUACGUGGGUAUUUGAGAUGGAUUCUCUUUGCUUAUAAUUAGAGGGAAAAACUAUUCAAUAAAUGUUGG